AUGGAUGUCGAGCAGGAACCCAUCGAGGUCCACGACAGUGGGGACGAGGCAACGCCCGAUGCAGAGCCGGUGCCGGUAGAGGAGAGUCCCGAUGAGGUGAAGGAGAAAGGGAACGCCGCCUUCAAGGCGGGCAAGUACCAGGAGGCUAUUGAACACUAUAGCAGGGCUAUUGAUAUCCGUCCAUCAGAACCAACAUUCUGGACGAAUCGCGCAGCGGCGUACAUGGCUUUGAAGCGAUUCAAGCCUGCUCUAUCCGACUGCCAACAAGCCGCCAACCUCCAGUCUGCCGACCCGCAACCAAAAACGCUCGUUCGUCUCGCCCGUUGCCAGUUAUCUACAGGCUCCACCGCCCCCGCACUCUCAACUCUCCGCUCCGUCCUCGCCAUUGACCCGAAGAAUGCUGCAGCGCUGCAGCUACAAACCAGGGUGCUAGAGCUUGAGGCUCAUCUCCGGAAUCUCGAAGGUGCGCGCAGCCGGCAGGAAUGGGGUAUGGCCAGGCUCGCGUUGGACAAGUGCAUACAGGUAAUCGAGGGUGAGGGUGGAGAUGUUCCCAUACAGUGGCGUCUAUGGAGGGUUGAGAUUGAAAUUGCGAAGAAGAAUUGGGAUGCGGCAAGUAUGGCAGCAAACGACGCUAUGCGUUUCGACGCCAACUCGCCGGAUGUUAUGACCGUCCGCGGUCUUCUACUGUUCUUGACUUCCAAGAGUGCGCAGGCGACACAGCACGUCCAGUCCGCAUUGCGGUUAGAUCCCGGGCACGAAGCGGCCAUGAAGCUUCGCAGACGGAUCAAAGACGUCGAGCGCUUGAAGGAGGAAGGCAACGUUGCCUUCAAAAGUGGCAAGCUCGAGGAGGCAGCGCAGAAAUACGGCGAGGCUCUCGACCGCAUCGGCUCGGAUGCACGAGAAGGCGGCGGAGGACAGAUCCGUGCCAUACUCCUCUCAAACCGCGCGACGACCCUCGUCAAGCUUGAACGAUACGAAGACGCAUUAGCAGACACCGAGGCCUCCCUUGAGCUCAACUCCACGUCUUUCAAGGCCCUCCGGACGCGUGCGCGCAUAAAUCUGCACCUCGAAAGGUACGACGGGGCGAUUGCGGACUUCAAGUCUGCCAUCGAGCAGGCGGGAUUCGAGAACUGCGACGCGGACGUGCGCGCGCUGCGCGCCGAGUUGAAGAAAGCCGAGGUCGCUCUCAAGCGGAGCAAGUCAAAGGACUACUACAAGAUCCUCGGUGUCGAGCGCGAUUGCUCGGAUGCAGACAUCCGGAAGGCGUACCGCCGCGAGAGUUUGAAACAUCAUCCGGACAAGGGUGGAGACGAGGAGAAGUUCAAGCUCAUCGUCGAAGCCAACACCGUCCUAUCAGAUCCGCAAAAGCGUCAGCGGUAUGACAUGGGUGAGGAUGACGAGGACGGCAUGGGCGGCAUGGGUCCAGGCGUCGAUCUUUCCGACAUCUUCGCUCAGUUCCACGGAGCGGGUUUCGGCGGCCGGUCACAAUUCUCAUCGUUCGGCGGCGGAGGCUUUGGAGGGGGAGGCGGGUUCCCUGGAGGGGGUUUCAGCAGCGGAGGUUUCAGCGGCUACUCAAGGAAUAGCGGCGGGUACCCUUUCUGA